AUGACCCGACUUGCAGCGUCCAGCAGCCCCCACCGGGCCAUGACCAGCCGCCUGGUGCUGCUGGCGGUGGUGGCCGUACUGUGCCUGAUGGCACCGCAGGCGAGUGCGCAAGUCGGCACCACGCGUGAUGGACACGACAAACCGAAGCCGCCGUCCCCCAAGCCGCCGUCCCCCAAGCCGCCGUCCCCCAAGCCGCCGUCCCCCAAGCCGCCGUCCCCCAAGCCGCCGUCCCCCAAGCCGCCGUCGCCCAAGCCGCCGUCGCCCAAGCCGCCGUCGCCCAAGCCGCCGUCGCCCAAGCCGCCGUCGCCCAAGCCGCCGUCGCCCAAGCCGCCGUCGCCCAAGCCGCCGUCGCCCAAGCCGCCGAGUCAGCCAUUGGCCCCUCAAAAAGCCAAAGUUAUUGAAAAGGUCAAAGUCAAAGGCAAAGCCAAAGGCAAGAAGUUCCUCAAGUCCAAGAAGUUGGAGUACAUCAUUUCAGGCUCGAAGGUUGGAUACAAGGAAGCGGACGAGUUUUGCAAGUCCGAGGGCUACAUUCUGGUGUCAUUGGCCAACGAGGGGAUUUCAGAAACCGCCUACUCGAUCUGCUAUCUCGACGGAAAGAGCUGCUGGCUGUGGGACGAGAAGCCUGGCUCGUGUCCAUACCUAGACGCAUCGGGCGACGGAGACACCUAUGUGGACGACUGCAAGGCCAAGAAUUACGCGCUCUGCUUCGGAUUUAAGAAGGGAAUACCUUAA